GGUGUGAAGCCUGACGGGGUAACAUUUAUUGGUGUCCUUUCUGCUUGUAGCCGUUCAGGGCUUGUGGAGAAAGGCCGCAGCUACUUUCAUUCCAUGCAGAAGGACCAUGGUAUUGUGCCCUUGGACGAUCACUAUACUUGUAUGAUUGACCUUUAUAGCAGAUCAGGGAGGUUAAAAGAAGCUGAGGAGUUCAUAAGGCAGAUGCCACGGUGUCCUGAUGCAAUUGGAUGGGCCACAUUGCUUAGUGCAUGCCGGUUGCGUGGCGACAUGGAUAUUGGGAAAUGGGCUGCUGAGAAUCUCUUGAAAACUGACCCUCAAAACCCAGCGAGCUAUGUCUUGCUGUGCAGCAUGCAUGCUUCUAAAGGUGAAUGGAGCGAGGUUGCCCAGCUUAGGUGCGGAAUGAGGGAUAGGCAAGUGAAGAAGGAACCAGGCUGCAGCUGGAUCAAGUAUAAAAAUAAAGUUCACAUAUUUUCAGCCGACGAUCAGUCUCACCCCUUCUCCGGAACAAUUUAUGAAAAGCUCCAGUGGCUCAACUCUAAGAUGCUGGAAGAAGGAUACAAGCCUGAUGUCAGUUCUGUGCUGCAUGAUGUGGCAGAUGCUGAGAAGGUUCACAUGCUCAGCAAUCAUAGCGAGAAGCUUGCAAUUGCCUUUGGCUUAAUUUUUGUUCCAGAGGAAAUGCCGAUCCGGGUUGUCAAGAAUCUGCGUGUUUGUGUGGAUUGCCACAAUGCUACCAAGUUCAUCUCGAAGAUAACCGGUCGUGAUAUUCUUGUGAGGGAUGCUGUCAGAUUUCACAAGUUUAGCAAUGGCAUUUGCUCAUGUGGGGACUUCUGGUAAUUCCACUGUCUGUUUGGCCAACGUUGCACAUGCUUCAAGUUUAACUAAAGUCAGAAGUGCUACUGGAAGAAAAGGAGGAAAGCUGAACGAAGCUAAUCAUGGAUAAUAGUCCCUGGCCAUCAACUGGGUUUGUGUGACACAGUACGAACAAAUCACGUUCCCUGCAGGUGCAGGACUCAUAAGAGGGUAUUUUUUCGGUUAUGGCUUGGAGAUGGGCCUCAAGUUUGUUGAAAGAAGAUCCCACUUAUGGCUUUGCACCAAGCAGCAAAGGGAACAAAGCGAUUUAUCACCGUCCACCGAGUCUCUGUUAUUAGCUUGGCUUCCAAAUCUCCAAGACUUUUGUUACGCAACCGAAGUGUUUCCACAGGCAGCCUAAAACAAUGCCAAUGUGAUGCCUGAACCAAUCCCUUGUUGAAGUUUAGUGCCUGGUUGCCAUAUGGGUACUUGAUGGCAAUGUGAGUCAUGUAAAGGGUAUAUUUCUAGCAGUUCUGCUUGGACAAGGUCAUUGCAGUUUUGUCACCAUUAGCUACUGGAGAACAAGCUGCAGCAAGUACUGGGAAGAACUUACUGGAGAAAUGCCCCUGAAGAACAGUUAUACUGCAAUUUGAAUAUCAGGAAUUGCAGAAGUCACUGGCUGCAUGCCCAAGAACCCCAGCAUGGCCAGUGAAGCCAAGUUGGCUUGGUUGUAGGAGUCCAUCUCAUGGAUGAUGAGGCUGGUGGUGGUGACCCGGGCGCUGGUGUUGUUGUUGAAGAGGCACAUCCCGUUGACGUAGAUGGUCUUUGUUGGGUACAAGCAGUUUGGCUGUACUAGCAGAAAUUGCUUAGUAUCUAGUUUGGUGGUAGUGUACCAAAUUGUAAAUCUUGCACGCCACUAGACCACAAGGUGGCAAGUGAAGCAUGGGCAUGCAGAGCUUGUUUGUAGAACACAGACACAGCUAGCUAGCUUAGCUGCAUUGUGCAGUGAAGCUAAGUGAAACUCUCGACAAUGAGAUCACAGCAACAUAUUUAUUCAGUUCCUACAUAUAUAAUAUAAUGUGCAUCUAGAAUACAGUAUAAUUUAUUCUGGUAGUCAACAAUCAGUUAUGGACUGGCUGUAAUUUUUUGUAAACAAAAUAUAGUGUGCAACAGUUUCAGUUUGAUCAUAAAUCCAUUGCUAGGUUCACUUAUCUGCCACCGAGAUCAUCAUCUUCCGAAGUCAUGAUACAGGCUUUCUGAGACCCAGAGGUACUUUUAUCCAUGUUUUAUUUCUGUUCUGAUCCGGAAGAUGAUGAUUUCGGUGGCAGUAUUCAUAUCAAGUAUUGGUGUUAAGUAAAUUAUUUACUCAAGACAAGUGCUCCUGAAGGUUUGUUAUUUCUUCAACUUGUGAAUGGAGCAGUGCAUAGAGAAUUGUGGAUAGGUUCGGAUGCUGUUGCUUCCGAGGAGGUUAUUUUUAACAUUCUUUCAUUGCACGUGUAAUUCUACUUGGGCUCGAUGAGUGUUGUUUCCGAUAACUGGUUAUGGCUUUCAGAGCUAUGCUUGGGCUGCGCCACCGGACCACUUGCCUCCACACUGGCACUCCGGUAAGUAGGAAUUUCGAUUCUGCAUGCCGCCGGAGUGAGGUUGUAUUGGUAACAUUUUGGCCGCAGUACUGAUUCGUUUUUGCCCUAUUCAAAUUAAGAACUUACAGUGAGAGUAAGCACACAACAGUACAGCUUUAUGUAGGUGACCAAAAUGUUCCUUGCUAGACCUGAUUGUGGAAUUUUGUUUCAUGGUUUUAGUGGAGGCCUGAUACAGCUCAUACUCCUAACCAUGUAAUAUUUCUGAGUACAUAUAGUAAAUUGCUAGAUUUUGUAGCACUUGCUUAACCAUGUUUGACAAACUUAAAUGUUCUUGCUUGGCCAUGUAAUAUUUGUGACCGUAUAUGACUGAAUGUAAUGAAAAGUGCAAAGAUUGUGUUUCGAUAUUCAGUGCAGUUCAGAGUGGCUUGACAAUUCUAGAUAUUUGUCAAGAUAAUGCACAUGUGCUUAUAUUUGUCAAGAUCAUAAUCUAAUUUUUUUGCUUAUCUUAACUAUUCCAUUCUAGAUAAAAAAAAGUUAGCAAAGGUGUGUUUCCAUUGUGCAUAGUUUAGUCUUACACACUUUCCGCAUCAGGUCGGUUUUCUUACUUUGGCCCGCCCCAGCCUCUAAGAAAGCAAUUAUUUACACCAUAAGCUGCUUAACUAUAUAAUGCAACCUUAAAAGAAAUUCAGGUCCUGCUGUUUUUGUACUUUUGCUCCACUUUACUGAUGUACUAUACUAAUUUCUCUCUUGCAGGAUAAAGUGGGUAUUACUAUAUGUAGUAAAUUUGGUUGGAUGAUUUUGAGCAAGGAUAAAUGGUGCACAUGAAGAUUCCAUAGCAGGUUCGAGUGCUUGAGUGCGAGGGGUCACCAUUUUUAGUUGCAUGUACUUUCCAUAUGAUGUUUCUAGCGGUGUGUGAAGCAUUUUAUGAUUUUAUCGUAAAGUUAAGCAAGUCAGCCUCACAUCACCUCCAAAGGGAAAGAGAGCAGAAAAUUUUGUGAUUAUAGGGCACAUAUAGGAAUCUGCGCAGCACAUCUCUCCAAGCUAUACAUAGUACACUAGAGAUAUGAGCCACAUUCCGCAACGUAACUGGCAGGAGUACAUUUUGCCCCCAACAGAAUCCUACUUCACUGAAUUGCAAUGCAAUCUAACACCCAAAGCUGGAUGCUCUACUUGACAGGCAGGUGGCCUGAAAGACACAAAAGUUGCUCAAUUAGCAGGAGGAUCCAAUAGUAAAGGGACAGUCUUGCAAUAAUUUAUCUUUAUCUUUCAACCCUGCUGGUAGCUGGACACAAGCAAAGGAUUGAUUUCCGUCUUUAGCAAAGCGUAAGGUAAUCAUCCCAAUGUGAGAGAAAAACGAAAGCAAAAGGUAAGGAUACUGCCUCUUGUUUUAUUCUGCGUUCUAAGGUAUUUGUGCACACUGAUAAGCAUGAAGCAGCCCAAAUAUUUCUUCGCAGCAUGUAGCUUUUUUGCUUUACAAUAUUUCUGUACAACAGGCUACUUAUGUUUUAGCUUGACAAUGUGAUAUUUCUGACCAUAUCUGACAGAUGCAGUGAAGGGCGCAAAAAUUGUGUGUCGAUAUUUAGUACAUUUCGGAGUGUGCCUUGACAGUUCUUGAUAGUGUCAAUAUUAUAUGCAGGUAACUUUCUUACAAGUUUGUAGCAGUGUAGGAAGCAUUUUCUGAUUUAUUAUGUAGCAAAGUUAAGUAAGCAUUUCAGCCUCUCACAUUACAUUCGAAUAGAAAACUGCAAUCCUUGUGAGUAGUACUUGUAUAGGAAUCUGUGUAGCAGAUGAAGCUAAAUAGUAAAAUAGGAUUAGUGAUAUUAGCCGCACCCUUGAAUCUAACUUGCACCACAUUCUUUUCAAUGCAAGUUACACAAAAGUUGUUUGAUUAGUUAGCAGCGAGAUCAAACAAUGGCCGGUCAGGCCUUGAAAUCUUUAUCUUUAAAUCUUGCAGCUAAGCUAGCUACAAGCAUAGAAUUGAUUUCUGUCUUUAGUGAAAGCAAAAGAUAGUCCUCAAGGAAAGACAAAAGGCAAAGCAAAAGGUAAGGAAUAGUACUGCUUGCUUUUAUUCUGUCUAGCCAAGGCAUUUGUGUGUAACCACAAGGACCCCGUUGAAGCAUGUUGUGUGUCCAGAUUUCGCUCUCCAGUCUAGCCAGCUUCUAGUUGCCCCUGUCUCUACCUAGCUACAUACUCUCUGCAAGUCUGCAUAGUACCAGUUAUUCAAUAUAACCAAGGUAUGUAAAGCUCAGCUUACACCUGUAUUCAAUCAGCCUGUCUGCUUCUUCGUAUCUAUGUAUGCUAGUUUUAUCAGGACAUAUAUUUUCUACCCUUGAGCAAAUGUGCUCUCUUUACUUUGAAAGAAUAGAAGUGAGUUUCGAAGAUUCAGAAAAUUCCAUUAACAAUCACAUGUAGAUAUUACAGUAACCUAUGUAUUUGCAAAGUUUUAGUGAAAUCUCACAUGCAGUCCAAACUAAAAAUAGCAAUCAUGAGAGGCUAAAAAGCACAUUUAUGUGCUCUAAUUUUGUUAUUUUUUGCACAUAAAAAUAAAAAAAUUUGUAUGAAAUUUAACAGCUGCACACAGUACUCUAUGACAUACACGUGUGAUUUUUUUGAAAUUUUGUGGAAGCACGAGAAUUAUAUUUUUUGCAUGCUCUCCUUUAGGUCAUUGAGCUUUAUUUUAUUAAUCUUGCUUGCAUGUCAUUGCAUUUGUAUACAGGAAUCAAUCGAGCUCGAGGAAUUCAGCUGGAGACUUCUAGUGAGCUGACUGAUCAAUGAUGACCUGGAAAUGAAAUUAAUCUAGAGGGUAGAGAUUGCAGUAUCUUGCCAAUUCAUCAUGCGUACAGAAGUUAUCAAGGCAAACACCAUUGAUGAGGCUGUUGAAGGAAUUCUCGAUGAACUCAAGUAUACUAGAGGAAAAGAAAAUGUCAUAUACUUUGAUGGCUGGGACGGGCUGGGGGCAUCUGCGGUCGUGCAAGCCGUAGGCCAACAGCUCGCAUCAAAUGAAAAGAAAUGGCAAUGGGGACUGCAGUUUGAGCAAGUCAUCCACAUCGACUGCUCUAAGUGGGAGAGCACAAGAGCAGUUCAGAGGGAAAUCGCAGAGCAGCUGAAGCUUCCCAAUCAGGUGAUGCAGAUGUUUGACAAGCAAGACGAGGAGGAUGAUUUCAAUGGUAUUACUGAUCAGCAAUCUCGGGCUGGGAUAGCAGAGGUCGCAAUAGAGAUCCAGAGGAGCAUACAGGGCAGCAGGUUUUUGCUGGUUCUUCACAAUGGAAGCAACGAGGAGAUUGACAUAUCUAGCCUUGGUCUUCCUGUAUAUGAAUAUUUGACCAACAAGGUGAUAUGGACCUUCCAAGGGAGGUUUCGGAUGGACCCCAAUAUGAAAGACAAGGCCAUGAAGAAGGAUAUAACAAAUGUUCUUCUCUCAGCUUCAUGCUAUGAGAAAAACCCACAAGAUCUCUGGUACUAUCUACUGCGCAAAGAGGCUACACUAGUUGCAUAUAAGAGUGGUGUUGAUCCUGAAAUACUUGUUCAGUGCUUCUUGUAUAUGUUGACAAUACAUUGCACCAGCCGCCAUUAUGUCGACAGCGAGUAUGAUUUGGCUACCCAUGCAUGCAACUAUUGGAUAUGUGAUGGAAUCAUACAGAAAGCCACAGACAUUGCUGAAGCAUGGCAAGUUGGUGAGAGACUGCAAGGUGAUAUCCGAUGGAAUAUGGACUACCGCGACAAUGAAUUUCCCUCUCGCUUUCUAUGGUAUGCUGAGUGCGUACCACACUGGGCAUCACCAGCUCAUGGAUUUGUGCUGGUCCCUAAUAGAGUCGUUCCUAGCAGAAUGUUCCAGCAUUUUAACAAGCUUGGCGUGAUGAAACUCUCAAGAUGUAGCUUCAGCUUUUCAUCACCUCCAUUUCUCUGCUGCCACAGCCUUAGAUUUUUAUGGCUUGACCACUGUCAAAACCUAGGAAAGAGAGAUGAGGCGCAAUUGGAAGAGGAGGACACCCCAAGGUUGUGGUCAUGCUUCCAAAGCUUAUGGGUGCUUGACCUGCGCUACACAGAUUGUGAUUGGAUCUUGUCUGCACGGAUGAUGGAUCUCAUGACCCAGCUCAGGGAGCUAAACGUGAUGGGAGCCAAAAACUGUGACUUUAGCCAUUUACAAGGACGGUUGCGUAACAUUCGCAAGCUCCGGCUAACAAAGUCCACCUGCUGGUCCGACACCAAUGUGUUCUCAGAUAUGGAAAGCAUGGAGCUUCUUGAUUUUUCAGGGAAUAUGGUCAGUGGUUACAUGAGAAGCUUAUCUGGCUCAGCUAGCAACAUUAACCUUGAUUCUGUCAUUAUUGGUGCCUGUGGUGGGUUAAAAAUCAUCUCUUUUAGGGACUGCAAAGAAUUGAAGAACAUAUUCUUGAAAGGAUCGUUGGGGAGUCCUGAAGAGCUGGACCUCUCGGGCACAGGAGUGAAAACACUCAACUUCAGGGAAGUGGUAGCCACCUCACUCCCCAAGCAGAUCAUCCUGCUAGGCUGCGAGAAGCUCCGUGCAAUAUUGUGGCCUAAGACAUUUCAAGGGAAAGGGUGGUCUGGUUUGCUGCAUCUUGACACCACCUCAAUAUCAGCAUCAGCUGACGGAGGUGAAGCAUCACAUGCACAUCCCCUUAGCGAUCAAGCCCUCCAACAGCAGAAAGAAGAAAAGUUUAACGGUGGAUGGCGGAUUUCUCUUAUGGAUACAAGGCUCCUGAGGUCGCUUUCUCCUGUAAGAGAAUUUUUAAGGGCCACAUCCGUACAUAUUGAUAUCUGUCCUGCAGCUACUGUUGGUGGUUGCAACAUCCAAGGAACAAGCAGCCACAAACUACUGCAAGUCCAACCGCACACAAGGACUAUGGUGGACUCCAUGUAUGGAUAUGUCUUGAAGGAUGGUGGCCCAGUUGGAGUGAUGGUGAUGUGGGACUGCCCUAAGAUAUUUCUUUGGGAUGAACCAAAGACAUGUAUGAUAAAGAUCAUUCAUGGACAGGGCAACAAACUUUUGGAGGAUGCCCCAAGUGCUAGCACUAGUGCUUUAUUAUUGCCUGGUUUUAUAUGCAAGCAGAGUACAUCUGUGCAUGUCUAUGAUAACUUGUCCAUCACCAAUAUCCCUCCACCUCUCGACGGAUCAGGAUGGCAGAGUCUAAGAUGGUGCCGAGUCGAGAGGUGCCCCAAGCUACACACGGUCUUCAAUAUUGGGCAGGGCAAUGGUGCGUCCAGCUUUAGGCGUCUGGAGACAUUAUGGUUGUCCCAGCUUCUGACGGCAGAGACAUUUACUACGCCAAUUCUGACCUUUUGUAGCCUGGAGUUCUUGCACCUGGACUGCUGUCCCAGGCUCUUACACGUGUUCACCUUGGCCAGCAGAAAUUCAGGGAGGUUCUUCUGUAGUUAUUUGCAGACCCUCGAGAUAGUGUACUGUGAUGAUCUAAGGGAGGUCUUCCCUUUGGCCCCUGGGCCCCAAAAACAGGAUACAGUUAUAGAAUUUCCCUAUCUGAGGAGCAUCCACCUGCAUGAGGUCCCCAAGCUGCAGCACAUCUGUGGGUGCAGGAUGUGGGAGCCUAUACUCGAGACCGUCAAGAUCCGAGGCUGUUGGAGCCUUAGGCGUCUGCCGUCCGUCGGCCGCGACACCAAGCCACCCAAGGUGGACUGCGAGAAGGACUGGUGGGAUAACCUUGAGUGGGACGGGUUGAAUAAGUACCAUCACCCGUCCCUCUACGAGCCAAGCCACUCGCUGUACUACAAGGUCGAGCUGCCCAGAGGCACCAUACUAAGGUAAUUCACCCCUCAUGUGAAUUGAUCUUCGGGCUCGUCCAACCUGAAUGCAUGUACGUCGUCAUGCAGACUUACAUAACUGAAGCUUUCCUGCCAUGUGUAUGUUGCUUGCCCUGCUUCCUGCUUGAUUGGUUUGUGGUGUUCUCUACAUUGGCAUUGCCUUGGUGCGGUGACGCCCCUAUGCAGUUUCAUUUGAUUUGAUUUGGUUUGGUUUGAUUUGGCCAUCCUUGCUCGAUCCAUCGAAGCACUGUUCAUCUGGUUGCUUCCGAGCAAAUGAGAAUAAAUCAGAGUGGGCAUUCGGCUGAUGCAGCAUGAGCUCCUUCUUUGUGUGGGUGCUGUAAUAUGUAAGCUUGAAUGAUGAUGGUGAUUAUUGUGUAUGUGGAGUUGUUUGUUGUGGUUUGAAUAAUCAACUGAUUGUAAUUUCUAAUUUGCAACAUGAAUGGUGAUGAUGAUAGUGAUGGUUUUGUGUGUGUGGUGUGCACACUGGUUUGGUUAUAGGUUAACAUUAUCACUAGCGCCACUUA